UUUCUGCUCUUUGGAAUCUUUAUCCUUUCCAUUUCUUUUAGAUCCGAUAGUCUCGAUGUGGCUGAUGAUUGGCUUAUUCCCAGAUCCAAUCGAUUCAUUUCAUUUCCUUUCUUCUUUCAUCAUUCUCCUUUUAUGUAACACAAAUUUCCACUUUCCUGCGCUCUCUCUCUCUCUCUGUCCAAUUUCAAGCUUUGUGUCAUCUUUUCGCAUCAUGUCUUGAUCUCUCCAAAUUUUCAUGCUUUUAAGGCCAUGUUCAUAACUUAAAUCAAUGAAAAUUUCCUUCAUAACGUGAUCCAGCUUCUUGUUGUAGGACUAGAAGGAGUUUCUCUGUUUCACCUACUACGUCACAAGAAAACAUGAUGGGAGACUCUUCGAGUUCAACCUCUUGGAGGAGUCAAACGGAUACUCAGGAUGAUCGGAUGAUUGCUCUCAUGUUAUCUGAAGAAUACACUAAACUAGAUGGUGCAGUAGGCAGACGCCUCUCCAAUCUUGCUCCCGUUCCCCAUGUUCCGCGGAUAAAUUCUUAUAUUCCCAACUUAAAUGAUGCCACCUUGGAUCACCAACGCCUUCUUCAAAGGCUAAAUGUUUAUGGUUUGUGUGAGUUGAAGGUCUCUGGUGAUGGGAACUGCCAGUUCCGAGCUCUUUCUGACCAGUUGUACCGAUCUUCAGAGUACCACAAGCAAGUUAGGGGAGAAGUUGUUAAACAGCUCAAGGACAAUCGCACUAUAUACGAAAGUUAUGUUCCGAUGAAAUACAAACGGUAUUACAAGAGGAUGGCAAAACUUGGAGAAUGGGGAGACCAUAUUACCCUACAAGCUGCGGCAGAUAGGUUUGCAGCAAAGAUAUGCCUGCUGACAUCCUUCAGAGACACUUGCUUCAUUGAAAUUAUGCCUCAAGACCAAGCACCUAAGCAGUUAUGGUUAAGUUUCUGGUCAGAGGUGCAUUAUAACUCUUUAUACGAUAAUCAAGCGGUUCCAGUUCAGCAGAAGCCAAAGAGAAAACAUUGGUUGUUCUAGAAAGCAAGCCUCUCACAUUGAUAACAUCUUCGAAUUUUAUUCUUUCAGUAUUGUGCAUAAGUCAACAGUUUCAGACGCCGUAACUCUUCCUUCAUACUUGUAUACACACGAACUAGCUUGAACUAUAACAUUUUUAAGUUAAACAAAAUAUUACCCAACGAA